UUGUUCCGUGCGUGUGAUCCGAGGGCCAGUUUCUGCGCGGGUUGUACCGACUCUCUUCACAAAGUGCGGUUAGGGCUAUUGUUAGUAGGCCUAUUGCGUACAAGUGAAACUGCUUUGUUCUCGCUUCCUACGCACUGAAUGUCGCGACCACCCGACAGGCGUGCUUGCGAGAAGGCAAGCAGGGAGACAAGGAAAGUUAUUAAUGUUUUUGCGAAAGAAGGAGUUCAGGGGGGUUGUGAAAGUAGCCGGCAUGACUCGGAGCAAAUAGCAUUUGUUCAACCUCUCGAAGCACCACGUGACAGCGGUGGGAACAGCUUAGAAAACUUAAAUCGCUCAAUCGCGGGAUUUGAAGAGCAUUGUUACGAAGACCUCACGUCCGUAGACGCAGAUGACAGGGAACAGUGGGCAGAAGUCAAUCUUGAGUCUGGUAGUAGUGAAAGUGAUAGUGAAGAGCGCACAAGCGUACAUGACGGACUGCAGGAUUCCUUGCGUGAAUGGGCAAACGAAUAUGGUAUCAAAAGAAGGGCGUUAACAGCUUUGCUGAAGACGCUAAGGACACAGGGGGGACUUCAUCAGUUACCGGAGGAUGGUCGUACACUUAUGCAGACCCCUCGAAAAAACCUGGAUGAAUUUCCCAUUUGUGCUUUGGCGCCAGGAAAGUAUUGUCAUUUCGGACUUGCUGUGGGUCUUCAGCGUUCAUUGUCUCAUGUAGAAAAGCUGCCAGCUGUAAUUCCACUCUCAUUUAAUGUAGAUGGCCUCCCCUUGUCAAAGAGCUCCAAAAUGCAACUGUGGCCCAUACAGUGCUUACCCCGUGGUUGCGGCAAUGUGCCCCCAUUUGUUGUGGGUGCGUUUGCUGGACAGUCUAAGCCAUCCUCGUCUAAUGAUUUCCUGAGGCCUUUUGUUCGAGAGCUGCAAACUUUGCUUGUGCAAGGUGUGAAUAUCAAUGGCGACACUGUUCAGGUGACAGUUGCCUCGGUCAUCUGUGAUGCUCCAGCGCGAGCUUUCGUUACUAUGACAAAAGGCCAUGGAGGGUACAGUGGUUGCGCAAAGUGUACAGUCGAGGGAUCUUACAUCAAUGGAAAAGUAGUAUUUUGCGACAUGGACUGUCCGUUACGAACGGAUGAGAGUUUCAGGGAGCAGCAUGAUGUUGAACAUCACAAGGGAGAAUCUUGCCUGUUGGACCUGCCCAUUGACAUUGUAAAUGACCUCCCACUUGAUUACAUGCAUCUUGCAUUACUGGGUGUCAUGCGGAAAUUGCUCCAGUUGUGGAUUUCUGGACCACUGCGGGUUCGUUUGGGACCUCUGGAUAGGCACACAUUCAAUGAGAAGAGCAAGCUGCUAAAUCCUCACAUCCCUAGUGAAUUUCCCCGUAGGCCACGCGGACUCGAUGAGCUCGACCGCUGGAAGGCGGUUGAGUUCCGACUUUUUGUAUUCUACACAGGCCCGUUGCUUCUCAAGUUCUGCCUUCGAGAUGAUCUAUACCAGCACUUUUUGCUGCUCCAUGCGUCGUUAUCUAUACUUGCAAACAAGGAGCUGUGUCGUGAGCAUGCUGGUUAUGCCGAUGAGCUCUUGAGAUGCUUUGUUUCACAUUUCCGCGAAUUGUAUGGUGACGAGCAUGUUUCUUUCAACGUGCACAGCCUCAUACAUCUUGCUUCUGAUGUUAAAAUACAUGGAGAGCUAGACUCCUUCAGUGCCUUCCCAUUUGAGAACAACAUGCAGGUGCUCAAGAGGCAGUUGCGCAAGCAUGGAAAACCCUUGGAGCAGCUGCGCAACAGGAUGGUAGAGAGCCAGUCUUGGACACGCAGACAGACAUGGGAUGAAAUUCCUGUACAUUUUAGCCGUCCUCACAGUCGAGGAGAACUGCUGCCGGAAUGCUGCCCUCCUGAAUAUGAAAGGCUGUCAUGGGAUGCAUAUACAAUUGCAUUGUCUAAAAGAGACAACUGCUUUGCACAGGAUGGCCAUGUUGUUCUGGCAAAAAACAUAGCCUAUAUCAGAGGGUCUAAGCAGCCAUGCAUAAUUGGCCAAGAGUUUCUCAUCAAGGAAGAUUUCUAUUCUUUACCCUUUGAGUCUUCCAGAAUGGGCAUUUAUGUUGUAUCAGGGCUAUCGGGCCUGAAGCCUUGGUCCCUGCACAACCUCCAAAAAAUGGUGAAGCUGCCACUGAAUGGAAAGUUUCUGGUUAUUCCAGAGCUUCACACAAUUUAAAGGCCUAGAUUUAGCUAGCAUUCGCAGAAACUUCAAAUAAUAUCUGCAUAUUUAUAGAGGUUGGUGUAGUGCAGUUUAAUAAUCCUGAAGUUUUUGCAGCCCUUAGUGGCUUACCUUACGUAACGUUUAGUUAUUUGUGAAACAUGCAGUGAAAAGGAGGGUAACAGUGAGCAAUGAAAGAAAUAAGCCUCAAAUAAUCCUGUAAUUAACCCGUGCACACUCACUGUAGGGCAGUUCAUCGCACAGUCCUAUUCUGCUCAACCAUAUUUCCACAGAUGGCUUAUGUGAUCGCUGAGUUCGUUGAGGACAAACAGGUGGAGGUGGUGCCAGUGACCUGGGUGGAGGGUGACAAGUGUGCGUGGCCCGACAACCUCAAAGGCAACAGAGUGACAUCCUUAGUAAAGAAAUCUGUACCACCAGACACCUUCUGGAAGUGCUACAGCGUAGCAGUGAAAGGGGUAUUUGCAACAUAUGAACAAGCAAGGGCCAAACUUAAUGACAGCCAGUAUACAUCAGACCUGGGCACAGGAUCGGAAAUGUCUCAAGGAAGAAGGACAAGGAGGCCACCAGCUCAGUGGUCUGACUCGGAUGAGCCUGACACACCACCGCCACCCAAGAAGGCCAAGCAAAGCUCCAGCAAGCAAAUUCCAGCUCCACCAAGCAACUUCCCACUAGGCCUCUCUUCUGCUUCUGCAGUGCAGCAAGACAGCUGUGAAGAGUCUGAAGGUUCACUGCAAUCACUCUCUGCAGAUGUGAAUGACAUGCCGCAAGGUGGUGCAGGUGGCCCUAGUUCACACAGUGCAGAUGGCUCCAGAUCAUACACUGCAGGUGGCUCUAGCUCACACAGUGACCAACGGACUUGUGUACCCUCAGGUUCCCCUGACGAACUUUCAAACAAUAGCUUCAAGAAGCAUGUGCUCCGACUGCUCAACAUCGUACGUUUUACGCAACAACACCAUGGGGAUUUGCUUGAGAAGUUGUGCAACAUGUAUGCAAAGCAGCCUCUUGGUGGAACUGAUCCACUCAUCGAGUGCCCCUUCCGCAGCUUGGAAGAUUUUAUGGCUUUUGAUGAAAGCCUGGACAAAGAGAAGACUGCGAGUUUGGUUCACGAGUUCACAGACCUUGGAGGGAGGAAUGCCAGUGCAGCGACAAAGCGUAUUCUUGCGUACACCCUUCAUGAUGACCUGGCCACACUUUUUUCGUGGGUUGGCCGAAAGGGGAAACUUAGUUUCUCUAGUCUGAAGACUACAGCUGCAAUUAUUGUUGCUGCAAGACGGAUGACAGAAGGCAGCACUAACGAUAUUGAAGACACCAUCAAAUCGUGGCUAAGGCAUGCUCCAGAAAGGGCCGGUAGCCAUAAGAAGCCAAGCGCUGAGGUCUGCCUGCCUCAAGAAUAAGUGGAGGCCAUUCCAUUGUAAAGCACUGCAGCUAUGACCUGAAGACUGCACAGGCAUCAGAGGCUGCUUGGUUGUGGGCGUGUGCAUCUGGUGGAACUUAGGGGAUCUGCUGGGCUACGCCAAGGCAUGUUUCGUGGACUAGAGGCAGCUACUCAGGGAUUUUUUUUUUAACUUUGCACAGUGCAAUUGCAGAAUUUUUUUUCAUGCAUUGGAAGGAUUCUGCCUGUCAUCUGCAUUGUCAAAUCACUUGCAAAGUCAUGCUCUUGCUAGGCUCCAUCAAUAUAGUUUUGUGCAGAAUUUGUGUGCGAGAACUUUUUAUUGUUUUUGUUUUUUAAUGUCAUGGCAGUCUUCUGUAUUGGUGAAAUUGCUACCAUUGCAAAGCCAUGGUUUUCUGAAAUGCUGUUAUUCUGCUACUGUACAAAACUUGUGUGCGAAAUACUUACAUUAGACGCAAGAUCUUUUUUACCUCAA